AUGGCGGCCGAGCAUCACCGCAAGACUGUCCUCAUCACAGGAUGUUCUCCCGGUGGCAUCGGCCACGCGCUGGCUCUCGCCUUCCACGCCCGAGGCCUGCGAGUCUUUGCAACGGCUCGCACGACAAAACAAAUCAGCGACCUCUCGCUUCAGGGAAUCGAGACCCUGCCGCUGGUCGUGGAUGACGACGAAUCCAUCCUCUCGUGUUUCCGAGACGUCGAACAACUAACCCAAGGUCGGGGCCUCGACUACCUUGUCAACAACGCCGGCGUCUCGUAUAUAAUGCCCGCGUUAGACGUCAACCUGGACGAGGCCAGACGGAUCUUCAACGUCAACGUCUUUGCCGUCAUGCGCCUAUGCCAGGUCUUCGCACCCUUGCUCAUGACGGCUCACGGCACGAUCGUGAUGAUCGGGAGCUUGGCCGGAGUCAUACCCUACGUGUUCGGCUCCGUAUACAACAGUUCAAAGGCAGCGUUGCAUGCAUACGCCAAUACGUUGCGCGUGGAGCUGGCCCCCUUUGGUGUCAAAGUCAUCACCGUCCUCGCCGGGGGAGUCAAGUCCAAUAUCAACUCCCAUGUCAAGCGCGUCUUGCCGGAAGAUAGCGCGUACAGCACGCUCGAGGACAGCUUCGUCCGACGUCAAGUCCACUCGCAGGAAAGUGCGAUGCCGAAUGACGCGUUUGCCGAGAGCGUGGUCAACCAGGUCCUCCCGGCUAGUGGGUCCUGGCGGCCUUGGAGGUGGCUGUGGAGAGAUGCCCGUCGGAGAUGGAUCUGGGAAGGCAGCAAGAGCUGGCUGGUGUAUUUUCUUGCUGGUGGAUAUACGUGGACCGGUUUCUUCGACUGGUGGAUGACUCGUGCGUUUCAACUGUCGAGGCUGAAGAAGGGGAAGACAGUUUGA